UCAAGAAAAUCCAAUUAUUUGUGUAUAUACAUUUCCCACAUAGUGAUUACUUCAUUAAUUGUCCCGCCUUUAUCUCCUCCCUUCCCAUCCCCCCUAAUAAUCAGUUCUUUUAUCCAGACCAACAAACACACCAUAGGAGCUUUGUGGAUUCAAAGGAUUUGCUUUCGCUUCUGAAAGAGCCGCUAUUCUUUGAUGAUUGGGUAGCGGCAAACUUCAAAGCCAUAAAUCUUCCCUCUGACUGGUUGGCGGCCCAGCAAAGUCCUUAUCAAAUUCUUGGAGGUGAUCCUGGCGCAGUCAGACAGUCCGCGGAGAUCGCGCAGCGCGGGGGGGUGGGACGCGCACGGAGGCGAAGAGAUCAGAAGAAACGGGAGAGAAGAGGGGGAGAGAGAAGGAAACUGGGCAGCUUCUCAUCUUCCCCUCGGCGUCCUCAUGCCUCGGCAGUGCCCCGUCGCCUUCCCCUCGCCCCGGGCGCAGUAGCCAUGGCCGCGGUGGCUGUCCUCCGGAACGACUCCCUCCAGGCUUUCCUCCAGGACCGCACCCCCAGCGCCUCCCCAGACUUGGCCAAGCACUCGCCCCUGGCUCUUCUGGCCGCUACCUGUAGCCGGAUCGGACAGCCAGGCGCACCGCCCUCGGAUUUCCUGCCGGUCUCCUACGACCCGACGCUGGGAUCCCCCUCCAGGAUCUUCCAUCCGUGGAGCGGCGAGAUGCCGGCGCACUCCCCGGGGGGGCUUCCGCCGCCGCACCCCAGCCUGGGACUGACCCCUCAGAAGAACCACCUGCAGCCCUCCUUUGGGGGGUCGCACGAACUGCCCCUCACCCCCCCGGCGGACCCGUCCUACCCUUACGAGUUCUCCCCCGUCAAGAUGCUGCCCUCCUCCAUGGCCGCCCUGCCGUCCAGCUGCCCGCCCGCCUACGUCCCCUACGCCGCUCAGGCCGCCCUACCGCCCGGGUACUCCAACCUCCUGCCGCCCGCUCAGCCCUGCCGGCAGCUGUCGCCCAACCCGCCGCCCGAGGACAUCCCCUGGUGGAGCAUCCAGCAGGCCGGUGCCCCGGGCGGCUGCGGCCACCGCUUCCCCGCGGCCGCGGCGCUGCCGCGGAGCCUGGUGCUGGGGCACUCGGACUUCGCCCAGUACCAGACGCAGAUCGCCGCCCUCCUGCAGACCAAGUCUCCCCUGGCGGCCACGGCCAGGAGGUGCCGCCGCUGCCGCUGCCCCAACUGCCAGUCGGCCGCGGGCAGCGCCCCGGAGGCGGAGCCGGGCAAGAAGAAGCAGCACAUCUGCCACAUCCCCGGCUGCGGAAAGGUGUACGGCAAGACCUCGCAUCUGAAGGCGCACCUGCGCUGGCACACGGGCGAGCGGCCCUUCGUCUGCAACUGGCUCUUCUGCGGGAAGAGCUUCACCCGCUCCGACGAGCUGCAGCGGCACCUGCGGACUCACACGGGCGAGAAGCGCUUCGUCUGCCCCGAGUGCGGGAAGCGCUUCAUGCGCAGCGACCACCUGGCCAAGCACGUCAAGACCCAUCAGAACAAGAAGCUGAAGGCGGCGGCGGACAGCGUCAAGCGGGAGGACAGCCGCGACCUGUGACCGCCGGCAUCAGCCCGGGACCGCCGGCGGCCGCCGCCCCUGAGGGCCGAGCCGAGCGGCGGCGGUACCCGGGCUGGGGGUGCUCCGCCACCGGGGGUGGGGCGGCGGCGGCGGGG